ACUGCGAACUGCGAUGUAUGGCAGUGGGCCUUUGGGGGUAAAAAGCCAAAGAUUGAAAGUACUUUAUUGUUUGAGACACAAAGUAAAUAAAGUGCUUAAAUAAUAGUGUGCACUUUGUUUAUAAAUUCACUUAAAAAAGUGUAAUGAAAGGGAAACAUGUUAAUUUGUUCUAUUAUUUUGUCUAAACAUAACACUGAACAAAAACUGAAAAGCAGUUUUAAAAUCUUUGUUCUUGAGUAAUAAUUUUGUCCACUUUGUUUUUUUUAAAGCUAGAGAAGUAGUACUGGGAUAACGAGAAAUUGUUUUGUUAAAUAUCGUUUUUCUGUUCUGUUAAUCUGUUAUUGUUACUAUUUUCCAGUAAUAAUUUGGUGCAAAGUUCAUGUUUGCAAAUUCGAUUACAGGAAUAAAUAACUAAAUAAAUAGAUUUAUUUGGUUUAAAUGAUGUCCAGUGUUUUAACAUCUACAUGAUUAAUUAGCCUACAGGCACAUUAAGAGCACAAAUCACAAAAUAUUUUAGUGGUCAUGAAAAUGUAUUCAGAUUUAGCAUAUUAAUGAUGCAUUCAUCUGAUAAAUCAUGACAUUUCAUUUACAGGAAAGUAAAUGUAAGUUCAAGUGGAUGCUUUUUAAAAGUAAAAAGUAUUGGUAUCGGUAUCGAAAUCGGCAAUACUGGCCCUGCACUUACUUGAUAUCGGAUCGAUACUAAAUUUUACAGUAUCGCCCACCACUAAUGAACAGAAAGUUGUUGUAACUCGGGCAUACAAUGUCCAACAGGCCCCAGACUUCACACAUUUGAUAAAAGUCCUGUUCUGAAGACAUCUACAUGGUAAUAUUCAGAUACUGUUAUAGCGCCACCUGCAGGAAACAGGAAGUGGCAUGUUUUAAACUGUGAUUAACUCCUCAUAGAGAUUCAAACAGGUCAGCAUCAUAUUUGGCCAGUAUGAUCUUCAGACCUUUGUGACGAUACAUUGCAAGUUGCCGACUUUUCAUUGAGGGGCGUGUCCGUGGCGGCCUGACAAAGUUUGAUGUUUCGCCAUGAAACAGGAAGCUAUAGUAACUCAGGCACACAAUGUCUGACCAGCCUCACACUUCACAUGUUUGAUAAUAGUCCUGGCCUGAACACAUAUCCAUGUCAGUGUUCACUUAUAGCAAUAGCGCCACCAGCUGGCAAAAGGGAAUGUGACACAUUUAAAUAACUACCAAAUCCUACUGUAAUUCGCCUGCAUAAAUUUUAUCGCCUACCAUUUACUUUUUUCCUUACACAAUCGUGCAGUGAUUGCACUUAAUUGUCUAUCAUCUCAAUACCAAGAAAGAAAUCUCUUGGACCCAUGCUCUAAACCCACCGUGAAGUCAUUUAUUUUCACUUUCCACUGAUCCGCCUUGGCGGUCUCUUCCCUGAGGUUUUGCCUGUACUUUGCUGUUAUUUACGAUAUUGUAAUAAAGACUCUUAUUCUUAUUGACAAAAGUGCUCCAAUAAGAAAUUACACAAGGUUUGGCAACAAAAUUUCUUUGAAAAAUUGUGUGAAUGGAUGUAUUACUACAGUAUGGAAUGGAACUAAACACAACUUUCUCACAGCUGUUUGGAAGUCGAUCAAGUAAAGGAGGUAAAAUAGAAAGAGUCCUCUCAGAGCCUUUAAACAGUGUAAUAACCCCUGUGGGUACAGAAUCACUGAGAAAACAUCAUCCAUCAGCAAACAAUUCUCAGCACCUCAGACCUCGGUACACACUACCCUCAAUUCAAACACUGAAGUCACUAGACUUCUCUCCAGCCACCCCACCACCUGUCCCCUUACCCCAAUCACCCCCCAUCUCCUUCAGGCCAUAUACAGCACACCCACACCAAGACAUAUCUCUGCAUCAGAACAUUGACAUGGGGGUUGGUUCAGCUUUCCUCUCUCCCCUCUUGGUUGCUCAUCAUGCUCUGAUUUCCUCUAUGUUACUCCCAGGUUUUCCUCUGUCCUGUGUCGGUCCGUUUAUGUUGGUUGAGUGUUGUUCCUCUGAACAUUAUCUGGGAAUCAAGCCUUCCUAAUCACUCUUUGUGUCUAGGCUCCAGCGCUAGUUUUUAUGCAGGUGACUGGCUUUCGCCUGUCUACAGUUCCGGCUCAACCUUUCCAUUCAGUGAGAACCAGACCCCUGGUGUGUUGUCUAGUGGAUGUGUUUUCUCCUCAGCGCUGCUGCGGUUGGGCUCUUGUGGACUUCACCUAACACCCUACCUUGUGGAGGUUCGUCUAGGACCUUGCCUUGUGGAUAUUCGUCUAUUACCUUGCCUUGUGGAUACUCGUCUAGUACCCUGCCUUGUGGAUACUCGUCUAGUACCCUGCCUUGUGGAUACUCGUCUAGUACCCUGCCUUGUGGAUAUUUGUCUAGUACCCUGCCUUGUGGAUAUUUGUCUAGUACCUUGCCUUGUGGAUAUCCGUCUAGAACCUUGCCUUGUGGAGAUUCGUUUUGCAACUGACCUUGUGGAUAUUUGUCCAAUAACUUACCCUGUGAAGAUUCGUCUAGCAACUGACGUUGCGGAUAUUUGUCCACACACUUACCUUGUGGAGAUUCGUCUAGCAACUAACUUUGUGGAUAAUUGUUCCAGAACAUGUCUUGUGGAGGUUCGGCUAGCAACGUGCCUUGUGGAAUCAUCAGGACUUUACCCUAUGGAAUUACAGGAUUCUUACUCAGUAUUGUGAGACUGUUAUGUUGGUCCCUGCCAUAUUAUUUAAGGGUGGUUGUUUCAGGAAGAAUUAUUUUGUGGAACUCAGUAUUGAGGAGUUACGUUCCCACGUGGUGGGAACCUAUUUUUUUUGUUUAUCCCCUGCAGUAUUAUUAUACCUAUUCCCCCUUAGUAUAUGGCCGAGCGCUCGAGCCCUUGCCCCUUACUUACCCUUAGCUCCCGAACUGGGCUAAGACCCUCCGCCUUGGCGGUCUCUUCCCUGAGGUUUUGCCUGUACUUUGCUGUUAUUUACGAUAUUGUAAUAAAGACUCUUAUCCUGCAUCUGACUCUGAGCACUUUUCCACCAUCGCGCCGAAUCGUUCUCGUUGCUUAAUCGUUCCACUCCGUGCCGAUCCAUGCCAGCCAGUACGUAAAUGGUUUCAUUUUCCACUGCAGGGCUGAUAACGGAAAUUUUUAGAAUGUAAACACAAACGCGUGAGUCACGCGCUGCCUUGGUAACACAAGAGACUGAGCUAUAACGGCUCUGCGCGCACUCAUUAGCACGAAAAUUCCGAGCCGAGAACAGUUUGUAAUCGUGUCGUGUCGAACCAGGCUCACGUGGAAACAUAACUGUAACCGUUUCAGACUGUGCUUAGAACGAUUCGGCGCGAUGGUGGAAAAGCGCUCUCUGAGUAUUCCGUGACAGGGUAAGCAUCAUGGUAGCAACAUGUUAAUUGCGUUAACAUAAUGCGAGCAAGAUGCUAAUCGCGUUACCAUCAUGCUAGCAACAUGCUAAUCAUGUUAACGUCAUAUCUAUCUAUCUAGCUAUCUAUUAGGGGUGUAACGGUACUUCGUACUACGAUAUUUCGCGAUGCAAAAAUGUCACGAUGCGCAUCGAAGAGAGAUGGGGAUAUUUUACGAUAUGUUGUUUAAUUGUAUUCGUUGAGCGGUCAAGACGCUACCUACUCUGCGCUAGCGCAUCACGUGUGCUUAUUAGUGAUGGGUCGUUCUUGAAUGAUUCGUUCAUUUUGAACGAAUCUUUAAUGUGACUCGGGAAGAACGAGUCGUCUCGGGGAGUGAUUCGUUCAGUCGCGCAUGCGCAACAUUCUAUGUGUCCUGUACUGGAAUUAGUAAAUUAACUCAUUUCUCUGUCCAAAGCUGUCACGUCAUGUGACAAAAGAACGAACGACUCAAACCCGAAGACUCAGGAGGUGAACUAAUCAAUUCUCUUUCCGGCUGUGAUUGCAUUGGUUAAGCGUACGGGGCUGUCACGUGAUGAACGAACGACUCAAACCCGAAGACUCGAGAGGUGAACUAAUCAAGUCUCUUUCCGGCUCUGACUGCAUUGGUUAAGCGUACAGGGCUGUCACAUGAUGAACGAACGACUCAAACCCGAAGACUCGAGAGGUGAACUAAUCAAGUCUCUUUCCGGCUCUGACUGCAUUGGUUAAGCAUACAGGUCUGUCAGGUGAUGAACGAACGACUCAAACCCGAAGACUCGAGAGGUGAACUAAUCAAGUCUCUUUCCAGCUCUGACUGCAUUGGUUGAGCAUACAGGGCUGUCACAUGAUGAACGAACGACUCAAACCCGAAGACUCGAGAGGUGAACUAAUCAAGUCUCUUUCCGGCUCUGACUGCAUUGGUUGAGCGUACAGGGCUGUCACAUGAUGAACGAACGACUCAAACCCGAAGACUCGGAAGACACCAUACCAGCAUGAAGGAUCCACAGCUACCAGGUACCAAAACACUAAAUAUUUGGACAAAACGACAUGGAGGAAAAAAAGGAAAAAACGGACCACCUACACAACCCUCCAUGACAGAACAACGAACACCAAAAUUUCCUGCCUUAACCUCAGAGCAAAGAGCAAAGCAGACAGCCUUCGAGAGGGUCGUCUAUGACAUGUCCCAUAAUGAACGUGUCAUCAAUGACAUCAUGCUGGGCCGCAGGGUCGCUUUCUAUGAGCUCAGAGGAGAGAUAGGGACUGGAAAUUUCUCCCAUGUCAAGUUGGGCAUUCACGAAUUGACCAAACAGCGUGCUGCUGUGAAGAUUCUAAACAAGAUGCGUCUUGACAAGAAGUCUCAGACUUUAUUUGCCACAGAGAUCGUCUGCAUGGAGAGACUCUCCCAUCCGAACAUUGUGCGUCUGUAUGAGGUGCUUGAAACCGGUAAGCAUUUGUACCUUGUAAUGGAAUAUGGCAGUGGAGGAGACCUGUUCUCUCGCAUCACCACCAGGGGGCGCCUGUCGGACCUGGAAAGCAAGCUCAUCUUUGCCCAAAUCAUCUCAGCCAUCAAAUACAUGCACGAAAACAAUAUUAUCCAUCGUGACCUGAAAGCAGAAAACAUCUUUUACACCACAUGCUACUGCAUUAAAGUGGGCGACUUUGGUUUCAGUACUGUCUGCGAGCCGACCGAAACUCUGAGCACAUUUUGUGGCUCCCCGCCAUACGCUGCGCCCGAGCUGUUCAGAGACAAAAGUUACGUGGGCCGUUACGUGGACAUCUGGGCGCUGGGCGUCUUACUCUAUUUUAUGGUGACUGCCACCAUGCCUUUCUACGCUGACAACCUGGGACGUCUUAAACGCUGCAUCCUGCAGGGGGCGUACAGCAUCCCGUCCUACGUCCCAGACCCCUGCCAACUGACGAUCAAAGGCAUGCUGAGACCCGUACCCGUGGAUCGCACCACAGCCUCACAGCUGAUGGUCUGCUCCUGGCUGACGGGCAUCGAAUACCCCAAACCGUAUCCCGCGUUCAGCGCGACACCCAAUCACCUUGCUGACCCCGAGAAGAGUUUGUGCGUGGAGGAAAAGGAAGUGAAAUCGUGCCUAAAUGAGCUUGGUGUCAGUGUCGCACAUUUGCAGAAUAAUAGGUGCGCAGACUCUCGUAGCCCGAUUACAGGAGCAUACCGUAUUCUGCUGCACCGCAUACAGAAGAGGAGGUCCGUGGAGGCGGUGGGAUAUUCAGCCCUAUAUCCGGAUGAUUUUGGUACCAAGAAAUCUUGGGCAAGCAAUGCAGUGGCCAAGCACGAUGCAUCUGCAGUCUGCAAUGUCCUGUAAAGACCAGAGUAAUGUUAUAUGUGUGGCUCAUGUGUGUUUCAGAAUGUAAUUAAUUUAUAUGUAUGAUGUAUUGCACUGUUGCACAACUAAGAAGUCAUAUUGCCAUGGUAUUUUAAAUCUAUUUUACAAAGAAUUAUUCUACAUUUAGUCAUUUUUCUGGUGUCCACUACAGAGAAAUGAAGCUAUUAUAAACAUUUAAAAAUAUUCAGGUUGAUAUCACCUCCAAUGCACAAUAUAGGGUGACCUUUGACCUCACCCAUAAUUGUGUUUGACUGUCUGUCUGUGACAGCAUAGUUAAUCUGCUAAAAAUUGAAAUGGGUAUUUAAAAAGAAAUUUACUUUUUAAUAAGUUAAUUAAAAAUUUGAUUAAAACGUAAAUAAAAAAUGGAUUGAAAAGAAAUCAGACUUUCAUGACAUCUCACUAAAUGUAGAUAUGUACAUACUGUAUAUGGCAUAUUAAAGCAAUAUCACAGAGGCAAUAAUGUGUUACAUUAGCACAGCUAUGAAGCGUAAUAUUGUUUAUAUACUGUGGAGUGAUAUAAAACCGUAAAGCAUCCCAGCAAACCUCUCAACCAAUCAGAUUUAAGGACCAGAACUUACUGGUAAAUUGUGUUGUAUAUAGCACAUGCAACAACCGGUAUACUGUACUGUACAUAUCAAGAAAUAUUAUGCAGAACAAAACCAUCAUCAUGCACGUUUAUUUUCAUUACAUAAGUGCAUGAACUGACUGUGUGUGAUCCUAAUAGAGAUUGUUUCUAUUUGUUUUGUUUCUGUUUCUGUUUGCUCUGUUGAAACAUGCUGUUCUGCAGUAGGUCUGUAAGCCAUCAUUUAUUAUUGCCAAUGAGUAUGUGGAAAUGUGGCCAAUUCUUGACAUCUAGGGAAACAUUUGAUAUGUUUUUUUAUCAGUGAUAUGUUGGAGAAGGUUUGGUUUAGUCUGAGUCUUGUGCAGCUUUGUAUUAGAGUGUCAAACACACAGUAAAUGUUUGUCGUGUUUUCAUAAAGGUUCUCGGCUGUAAUGAAGUCCAUAUGCAGCUUUUCAAAAGCCUGAUGGAUGGGAUGUGUGGUUUUUCAUUUCUAAACGUCCUUCACUGGCUCUCUAUGCACAAUGUGAUGGUUUGGGCUGCAGUCUGUUGUCACUAAGAGAAUACAAAGAGCUACUAAACUUUUAAAUAGCUACUAAGAGAUUAUUUUCUAAUCUCGGACAGUGAGUUUACAUUAAGUGUGUGACGUAAAGGAUUAUUUGUGAAUUAGAAUCGAACGGUUGUUAAUCCUAAUUAGUGCAAUGCUUUACAAAAAGCAUGUGAUGAUCUCACUGCUAUUCUGGCAUUUGUCCUAACCUCAGAAACAAGCCAAUGAACGUUGGUAUCAUGAAUAGAAUCUGAAUAGAAACAUCUGCUAGACACUUUUUACAUCCAUAGUAAUGUUUAAUGGUGUUUAAUAGUAAUAGUAAAUCCUUUUUAGAGAUCACAUCAAUUUGUUAUUGUUAAACUUACAAUUUCCUCAGAUCACAUCCUCUAAAUGCUCUAAAUGUCACAGAAUAAUUUUCAGAAUGAGAUUUACAGUAGGUGAUGGUUAAGUGUGAUGCAUUAUACAUUAUACUCACAGUUUUUAUGACAAUAAAUAAUUUGCUUUAAA